CUUGGAAAAAGAAAUCAUGAAAACGGUUUUGUCCGUAGUUGCUUUCUGCGUCGUGUUGGUGACCAUAAACGCAAAAGAAUCUCCCCCCAAGGUGCAGGUGUACAGCCGUAACCCAGGGGAACAUGGGAAGGACAACACCCUGAUCUGUCACGUGAGUGGCUUCCACCCCCCUGACAUCAGCAUCCAGCUCCUGAAGAACGGUGUGGAGAUCCCAGACGCCAAGCAGACAGACCUGGCCUUCGAACAGGGAUGGCAGUUCCACCUCACCAAGAGUGUUGGCUUCACACCAGACAGCGGAGAGGAGUACACCUGCAGAGUCCGCCACCUGAAGAAUCUGAAGACCUACACCUGGGAACCAGAUAUGUAAGGCUUCGGUGCUCAUCGCUGCAGAAUACACCAGCCUCCGAGAAUCUCCACUCCAGAUGCUGUGGAUAUUCCUGGGAAUCAUCUUCACAACACUAUCCUAUCAAAACUAAUCUUCACAACACUAUCCUAUCAAAACUCAUCUCCACAACACUGUCCUGUCAAAACUAAUCUUCACAACACUGUCCUGUCAAAACUAAUCUCCACAACACUAUCCUGUCAAAACUCAUCUUCACAACACUAUCCUGUCAAAACGAAUCUUCACAACACUGUCCUGUCAAAACACUGCAGGUGAAAUCUGUAAUGACUCUCUGCACAUUGUGACUUAUCAUUGACAUUGAACUUAAAUUGUAUUGUAUUUGAACAGGGCUUGAUUUGUGUGGUAUUUGAUGUGUGUAAGUAAUGAAGCUCGUAUCUGUGUGAUUGUAAAUCUGCACCAGAGGAAAACACCCUAAUUGCAGCCAGGCUUGUCAUGUCAACCUAUACAGUAGAACCUGGGUUAUGUAAUGUGUCAAUCUAUACAGUAGGACCUGGGUUAUGUAAUGUGUCUAUACAGUAGGACCUGGGCUAUGUAAUGUAUCAACCUAUACAGUAGGACCUGGGUUAUGUAAUGUGUCUAUACAGUAGGACCUGGGCUAUGUGGGCUUAUCUCUUAGCUAUGAUCUGGAAAUAAGUACAACUGAUCAACAAUCAAGAUGUGAUUGAUGAGAAGAAAUGUAGAACUUUAAUCUGUUUUUAAAUAGUGUAGAUUAUAAAGUGCUUUCUCUUUGGUUUUUAAAAUCACAUCACCAAAAUAAAUAAAGUCUGACUUGAUUGCCUUUG